CAUUGCAUAUGUUCAUUUUUAAUCUUCCUAAGUUUCAAACGAGGUAAUUGUAAUAUUAAAUUUUAUUUCAAUGGAAUUUUAUUCUUUUUUUUUAUUAACUAUUAUGGUUUUUGUGUUGAAACCAGCUGAGGGAGUACAAUCAAAAAGAAAAUAUAAUGAGCAUUAUAAAAAUUACAUAAAAAAAGUCGUGGCACACAUUCAUUCACAAAUUGGACCACAUCAAAUGGUAAACCUAAAACUAAAACAAUUUUUAAAGUAUCCCGAAUUAGAAGAAAAUAGCAAAAAAGAUGAAUUGUCAUGUAACUAUCGUUAUACAAUAGGUGUACUCAAUUUCAAGUACAUUGAAAUACUAAACAAAUUUCUCGAUUACGUGGGUAUUAUCAUCAAUAAAUGUAAGCAAUUUCAAGAAAGAAAUUUAUCGGACAAUUUUAUUAAUUGUGUAUCAUCAUUUGAAACAGUUGUAAAAAAUUCCAAGUCUAUGUUUGAAAAUCUUUACAAUGCUAUGAAGUUUAUGAGCUACAUAGAUGUUAAGUUUUUGUUUCUUGGAGGCAUAGCGCCGCAUCCGUUGAUUAAUGAAAUUGACUUUUUUCAACAAUUUGUAAAAAAUAUAGAGACCAUAUAUUUUGUUGAUAUUAAAAUCUUACCAAAUCAUAUCAUAUUCGACGACUCAAAAAAGAAAUUUGAGAAUUUGGAAAGAUUUUAUGGUGACGCAUUAAAAAUAGUAAACUAUCUUUUUGAAAAUAGUAAGAUCAUCGACAUUUCUACAAAAACUGAUUUGAAAAAAAAUCAAAUUAAAGAAUGCUCUAAAGAUUCAAAAGUUAAAAUUGAGGACUGUUCUAAUGAAAAUAACUUUGACAUAGUUUAUUCUACAUGUAGUAAACUUAAUUCCUUUUACAACGAAACCAUAGAAAUUUGGUACAAAAAUAUGGGUUUUGAACAUUUUCUUAACCCAAGUAUACCUGAUUUCAUACCACCAAAAGAUCCAGAAAUUAAACAAGAUGAUGGAAUUAAUGCUCUCAAUAUUCUUCGCUUGGAAACUGGGUGGAAAUUUAUGAAUUACAUCAAUAUUAUUUAUUAUGAUAAAUACUACAAUGUGGAUUUUAUAAUAAAAGAUACAAUUAAUGACAUAAAUUUUCGAAUAAAAAAAGAACACAUUAGUCAAUUAUUAAGAUGUAAAUAUACCGAAGUAUUAAAAAACUACCAAAUAUUAUUAUCUGCUAUAUUGUUUAUAUGCAAAAAACAUUCAAUUGAGUACCAAAACACUUGUUUAAUUGAAUUAUUUAAAUCAUUCAAUAAAUCUAAAAAGCUGCUUAAAGGGUUAUAUAAUGCUUUAAUUACAUUAAAUAAAUCAUCAAUAUGGAUUGUUAAUUACAACUCUCAUUCAAGUUUACAUAGAAUAUUAGAAUGGAUAGCAAAUAGUCUCAAUUUAUUGAAAAAAAAUAACUUUUUUCAAAUUGAUUUUGUCGAUCAAGAUGAUAAUAAAAAAAUUAAUGAAAGAAUUCAAGAACUUCUGUUCAUUUUUCAAGGUUAUAUUGAUAACUUACAUUAUGACAUUCAUUGCAACACGAGUAGUUUUGAAACCUGGUGUUAUUGUACUAAAAAACCAUUUUAUGACAGAAAAAAUAUGAUAAAUUAUUUCAAGAAUUCAGUUAAUACAUUGAAUGAUCCAAAUACUGCACGGGAAAUCCAAAUUUAUCGAAUUGCAUGUCGUUAUUUUGACAAUUAUUGUGAAAAUGUUUACAAUAAUUGUUAUAAAAAUUUGGGUUUCGAAAAAAUUAAUUGUCACGGUAAUGACAUAGACGAAAAACUUAAACCAUUUAUUGUGGAUUAGAUGGGUUAUUUAUCAUUACUGCAGUAAAAAGUAAAAGUUAUUUACCGACAAGUUAAAUUUUAAAAGUAAAUUUAUUACAAUUAUAUUUUUAUUAUUGUUAAUUAUUAGAUUAAUUUUUAGAUUUCACACGUAUAAUUUAAAAUAUUUCCGAAAUUCUAUUUUGUUUUACUUAUCACACAAGUGUUUUCUUUGUUAAUUCAGUGUAUUUGUUACAUAUUUGCUACAAUAUAAUUAUAAAAAGUAUUUCAUUAAGUUAUAAAUAUAUAUUAUAAGUACAAUAAUUAUAUUUA